GACGCUACUCUGACUCAGGAAAUUCAGUCAGAAAUAGUGCGCGUCCCCUUUAAACAGCGCCGGGUGGAAAUGAUCGACUGUGGAAUGUAGUGUUACUGAGGAAAAAGAAAACAUCAGCUAGCUGCUAACAGUGAAAUACACUAACAUUUCAUCCGAAUACAGCCAAGAAACGAAGGCGACUCAACAAUGACACAUAUUAAGUUUCUCUGCAGGGGGUAAGUGAGGUGUAUCGUACCCUGUCCUAGGAUGGACACUUAUUUUAAGGCUGCUGUGUGCGACCUGGACAAGCUUCUGGAUGACUUUGAGCUCAACGCAGAGGAGCUUGAGAACAAGCCCGCCACUUUUGCAAGCCCUCCUUGUCCGGACUCCACGAUCGUCCCUGGUCACCGUUUGGACCUUCAGAGCUUCAUACCAGAGCAACACACAGUCACACAAACACUCCCAGAUGUCAAUGCCCUGCACUAUGGACUUACAUCACAAAGCAUUACUUUAAACCAAAAAGAUUCUUAUUCAAAUGAACGGCCGCUCACAGGUGUGGAUCUUCUGUCCUCUGUCGAUAGCAGAGGCAUCAGAAGUUCAGCUCCGCCUUGUCCGGACCGAUCGCUGAAGCCUGUGUGUGACCUGGUGAACGAUACGGGUUCUGCAAACCUCCAGCAGACUGACAGUCAGGAGGACUUUAAAGAGCUGGAUGUCCCUGAGAAACAAACUAAUGAGGAGCUGCUAGUGGACUUCGAGAGUCCUGUAGUAUCUAGUCCAGAAGAUGCUUCUAACCCUGGUAAAUUACUAAAACUGGACUCUGAGGUUAACUAUAACGCAUUCAGCCUGCUGGAUGUCAUAUUACCAGCCGCUGGUGACUCUUAUGGUUCAAGUAGCAUCACGCCUUUGGAGUGCAAUCAGAUUGAAAGUUCUCGUCCUGAAGACUCAAACUAUUCUCCAUGCGAAGUCUCAGUGAACGAGGAUGAUGUUAGUAAUUCAGAUCCUCAUGCUACAGAUGAAGCUAUUUCAGCAACCAAAGAAGAGCAUGCUGUAUCGCUCCAGCCGGACUCAAAGGAUACCCAACUGUCUGAAGAUCUCAGUGUUAAAACUCCAGAUGAUCCAGCUGGAAGUCCCUCCUUGGAGAAGGAACCUUCUCUAUCUUGCUUGCCGAUGGCUGUAUCGAUGUGUGGAUCCCUUGUGGCGUCUUUAGACCCACAGACAGCAGUGAUUGAAACCAAAGAUGAGGCUGAUCUAGAAAAGAAUUCAGCGAUUGAAGAGGCUGAAGAGUUAAUUCUUCCGUUGGAAGAACCCACAACUCCGUUCUCCUCCAACAGGCCUGAUUCCUCACCUGAAGAUGAACCUGAGCUUGUCCAAAUCAUGUCGAACACAGAAAGGGCGGCUGCUGUCUCGGGCCGUUACCCUGAUAGAAACUUUAAACGCAACUUGUCGCCAUCAGAUAAAGAGGUGUGCGAAAGCAACCCGUCUCCACCCUAUUCAUAUUGAGAUAGUUAUUAUUAUUAGUUUGAGUUUAGUAUAGGAUUAGAUUACUUUAAUGGAAGAGACCGUGAUGUUGUUUUGGUUAGGGAGAUGGGCUGGUUUCCUUUGGGUCAGGAUGUGAAAAUGAACUCCGACGCAGGCGCAGAAAAAUUCACAGAUGACGGCUUUUCAGAAUUUAACGGAGAUGGGGAAGGCUUUUUAGAUGAGGAGCUGCAGAGCUGUAAAGUCGAGACGUUUGCUUCUCCUGAGAGCGACGGUUCACUUCAGUAUCUGGAGGAGAGCGAAGGUUCGAACGUUUCUUCUUCGUCUCAGGACAGCAGCCCGCUGAGGACAGACUCCACACAAACUGUUAUCCAUGAAAAUGCAACCAGCCCUGUUGAGAUUCAGUCAGUUUGUGCCCCCAACCAAGAGUCAAAUUACGGCGGUGCGAGACCGAAGCAGUUAUCCAACCAAACCGCACGGCUUCCAUCUGAAAGACACCGGACUGGUCAUGCUGAACACAGUGUAGCAGGACUUUCUGAAGAGCAUAGCUCGCAAAUUUCUCCCAACCAAGAUGAAAAUAACUGUGAACCCCCUUCUUAUCAGCAAUAUGAUGCCAGUUAUGGCCAUGAUGAGCUUUCAGAGCCUCCACCAUACCCAGGAGAGAGUCCUGAUCCACCAGCACACGAGGCCGAGGAUCUGGGGUCAAAGCAGCCCCCAUGGGUGCCGGACUCUGAGGCUCCUAACUGCAUGAACUGUGAGCAGAAGUUUACCUUUACCAAGAGGAGACACCACUGCAGAGCAUGUGGGAAGGUGUACUGUGCUAACUGCUGCAACCGCAAAUGCAGACUGAAAUAUCUGGACAAAGAAGCCAGGGUUUGUGUCAUCUGCUAUGUUACCAUACAGAGAGCUCAAGCCCAUGAGAGAAUGAUGAGCCCUACUGGGCCCAGUCCCAAUCCCAACAUCCCAUCAGAGUACUGCUCCACCAUACCGCCCAUGCAGCAGGCCCGCGCCGCCGGCACCCUCAACUCUCCCCCACCCACCGUCAUGGUCCCCGUGUCUGUCCUCAAACACCCCGGUAAUGACGGGUUUCCACGUGAGCAGAAGCACGUGUGGUUUGCCGAUGGUAUCCUGCCGAAUGGUGAGGUCGCAGACACCACCAAACUCUGUGUACAGACCCGGAGAUCCUCUCAGGAGUCGAGCCCAGUAACACCAGACCCGCCGGGGCCCAAUGGUACAUUUCCUGGCGAGUGUGAUGAGAGCGCCGGAGGAAGUUCUGACAGCGCUGCCGAGGUGAGCCGCCCGCCCAUCAGAGGCCCGUGGGACUACGGCCUGCUCUGUGCGGUGGGCAGCUGUGUGCAGAGAGCGGUCAGUCUGGUGCCGGAGGACGACGACGGUCUGCCUCCACUGCUCAUUACCACAGGAGAGGAGGAAUAUGGGGAUUUAUUAGUUGAGGAACGUCCUGCUGCUUGCCAAAUAUUGCUGCUGUUGGAAGAGGGAGGCCCACAGCCACUGACCUUCGUGCUCAACGCCAAUUUACUGGUGAACGUCAAGAUCGUCGCAUAUGGUGGGAAGAGGUGCUGGUGUCUGAGCUCUAAUGGUCUUCAGGCAGUGGGCCAGAAGGAGCUGGUGUUUAUAAUUGAGUGUCUCGCAGAGGAGAACAGCCUGCCUAGAGACCUAUUCAACCUGUAUGUUAGUAUCUACGAGGAUGCACAGAAAGGGAAGUUCAUCGAGCACCUUGGCAACGUGACGUUCACUGACAGUUUCCUGGGCAGUAAAGAUCACGGGGGUGUCCUGUUCUUCACUCCAACCUUUCAGCCCCUGGAUGGUCUUGCUCUGCCGCAGGUCUCGUUCCUCUGUGGUGUUUUGAUCCAGAAACUGGAGGUUCCCUGGGCUAAAGUGUUUCCCCUCCGACUGCUGCUCGCUCUGGGGGCACAAUACAGCGUUUUUUACUGUGUUUUGGUGGGCUUUGGUUUGCGUGAGUUUGUUUUUAUAGGUUUGGGCCACACCAUCAUGAAUCUGCUCACAGAUCUGAGGAACUACCAGUACAGUUUACCUGUGGUGGAAAGCCUGCGAGUGCACAUGGAGAUGGGCAACAGCUACAUCGACAUUCCCAAGUCCAGGUUUAAUGAGAUGCUGAAGGUGGUGAACUCCUCUAAUGAACACGUGAUCAGUUUCGGCGCCUGUUUCAGCACUGAGGCCGAUUCUCACUUGGUUUGCGUGCAGAACGAGGACGGAAGCUACCAGACGCAAGCCAACAGUAUACCAGGAAAAACCAGGAGAGUGACUGGAGCGAGUUUUGUGGUUUUUAACGGUGCUCUGAAAGCCUCAUCGGGAUUCAUAGCCAAAUCCAGCAUCGUGGAGGAUGGGUUAAUGGUGCAAAUCCCUCCGGAGACCAUGGAAGGUUUGCGACAGGCCCUCAGGGACCAAACCGACUUUCAGAUCCCCUGUGGAAAGGCAGAUUCGGAUGAGACACGGGAAAAUGUGAAUGUACGCUGGGUGGACUGGACCGCACCUGUCAACACUGGAGUCAUCAGUCCGGUGGAUGGCAGGUCUCUAGAGGGAGUGUCAAGCGUCAAGAUCCAACAGGACUCGGAUUUUGAGAUGGACGGCCAAACCAUCAGGUGUACUGAGGUCUUCUAUCUGCUGAAGUCUUCAGACGUCUCUCUGUCUGCCGUCCUCACAUCAUCGGCUCAGUUUCAGAGAGAGAUCGCCACCGCCAGCUGCGCCACCCUCUGCCAGCACCUCUCUGUGCUCGUGGCCAAUGGAUUCAACUCUCUCGCUCUCCGGGUCUCCACCGACUCAGACAUGGUUGAGUACCAGGCUGGCUCUGGUGGCCACCUCCUGCCUCAGAAGUAUAUGAAUGAUCUGGACGGGGCUCUAAUUCCUGUCAUCCACGGAGGAAGCUCCUGUGUCCCCCAUCAGGCCAUGGACAUGGAGUUUUUCUUCUACAUCUCACUGAGCAUUUGAAAGCUGGUGACUUACAAACUUUGCAUCCACAGGCAGCCAUUGGGACCUCUAUGACUGGUGCCAAUGAAUCGCAGAUACGGAUACCCAGACUUUGUAUCUGAUCUCUGACAAGGUAUGGAGAGUUUGAUGCAUUUUAAAGGAACUUCACUGAAGUGGAACUAUAUUAGCGACCCUUUAGAAUAAAGCAGAGGUCAGCAACAAAAAUAAAAACGUGAGAACUUUGCUGUGCUUCUUCGUGUUUCAAUGGAUGCCGGUCGAUGAAUGUUGGUUUGAAUGCGAACAGAAUUGUUUAUGUAUGACUGUGAUGUCAGAUAUACCGAUAAUUAUAAUCGUUACUUGAUUGCACAUGUGGCAACCGAGCAUAUGAAGUGCUGCAUUUCUUUAUGUCUGUUUUUUCCGAGCUGGAAUCUGCUGUUUUUUCCCCAUCCGUCAUAAUUUAAUGUUACCUUAUGAAGUAGCUUCAUGUGGACUUAAGAAUCCAUAUGAAGGUUUUAUGUACUGAUUAUUGUACUUUCUAAGUACUGCAUCUUAUGGUUAGCCAUUUUUCUCAAUCUGUAAAAUACACAGAGAGUAAAUACACAUCGGUUUGAUUGCUCAAAACAUAUAUGCUAAUUAGAUUAAGCUUAAAUACUAUUUUUGGAACAGACAGUUCAUGUGUUGAUUAAAGGUGAUAUUUUUGAUAGGGCAUCGAAAUUACAAAUUAAAACUCAUUCUGCAAUUACAACCCCAAAAAAUCUUAUGCUUAUGAAAACAUUGUUUCACAUCACAUAUAUUACCAAAAAAGAAAAGAAAAAGGAGUUCAGAGUAAAGAAAAGGGAUGAUGGGAUCUCUAUGAAAAGAUUUGCUUUAACAUUUAUGUUAUUAUUUUCACACUACUACAUUAAUUAAAGAAAAGGCCAUUUAUUGAGAUCUUUAAAUGGCUUUCUUUUACUAUUAGUUAAUUUUUACUGGACAAACUGGAAAACAGGCCCAUCUGUUAACACUACAAAUGUGUUUCUGGAAUUGAAAAAUCCUUAGAGCUUUGAAUGUUGGCCUGAAAAAAUAUCAACACAUCUGAACACUUUUACAUGUUUUUUUAUUUUAUUUUAUUAUUAUUAAAAUUUGGUCAGCCCACCAUGAUGAGUUAACAAGGCUGCCAAAUGUCCUUAAUGUACUAUAGACAUUAAAUAUCUGUCAUUUUUAAUGGGUUUGACAGAUUCUUUUGAAUCUCUUUCCUUAUAAAAUAUGCUGGAUGGUGUUUCUGAAUUAAGUAUCCAUUUUAUAAAUGCAAUAACCUUUAUUUCUUUCACUAGACUGUGAUCCUACAUUUUUACAUUCACCUCAAAAUGUACCUUAAACCUGCAAAACAAAGAUUUUUUCCCCUCAAAUGAAUUCUGAUUCUAUUGAAGCCAUUAAUUCUUAAAUGCUGCAGCUUAACAAAAAUCUAAAUUAAUUAAUUUGCAAAAUGCACUUUUACUGUCGUUGGUGAAAUGAAAUACAGGACGAGUGAUUGUUACUAUUUUUUUAAUUCAUUUUUUUUUUCAUAGUGAUAAAACACAACAUAAACAGUGAUGAAUCAGUUUAUUUGAUAUAUUGACUGGUAUAUUUAAAUAAUCUGAAGGCCUCUAUAAUUCUGUCAUAAACCAAAUACAAAUGUUCUUAAGAUAAAGAUGAUUGUUGUGGAAGGAUAGAGAUUAAAUGUGAAAUUAGUUGAGCAUUUUAUAGACAUCUCAGACCUUUUCCCAUAUAUUUGGGCUUUGUGGAAUAUUUUGGGAGUUAUAUUGUUUUCUCACUGUUACUGAUUAAUUAAAUCAUCACAAUUAAAGUAUUUUUAUGCUUUACAAAAAGCUGUUAAGAUGUACCAGUUUGCAUAAUGUAUAUCUAUUUAUUCUUGAAAACCAGAUUUAUUUGAUGAUUUAUCUGGUAGGGGACCUAAGGAUGUUCUUCAAAACAACAUUCAUUUCUAAUAUGUAUCUCAUGUAGAAUAAUAAAAUUUUGAUAAAUAUACAAA